AUGUCAAGAAGAGCAUCAACAGUUUUAGCUCCGGUAAGGCCAAGUAUCAAAAAGCCAAAUACAUUUUACAAUUAUGGAGCGCUUUUUCUAGAGAACAAAGGCACAAUUGCAAGAGAUCAUUUAGCAUCAGAAAGAACAUUUCUUGCAUGGUUGAGGACCUCCAUUAGUCUUGCAUCAAUUGGUGUUGGUUUGACCCAAUUGCUUAAACUUGGUGAAGAUAGUUCCAAUUCUCCAAAUAUAAUAUGUGUGGGAAAAGCUAUGGGUCUUUGUUUCAUUGCUCUUGCUGCAGUUACCUUGGCAAUUGGCGGAUUCCGAUACUUUACUGUUCAACACAUGCUAACCCAGAACAAAUUUCCGGCUAGUGUAGGUGGGAUUUGUGUAGUUUCGUUAUUUGCAGCAGUUUUAAGUAUUGCAACUUUUGCCAUGGUGCUAAGGCUCUGA